AACAAAAAAAAAAAUAAAUAAAAAACGCUCAGUAUCUCUGGCGACUUGAACCGUACCUGAGGAUCAAAUUAGGGCACGGAGGCCUCUCGGAGACAGAAGCCAUGGGAAGGAAAAAACUAGAAAUCAAGCGAAUUGAGAACAAAAGUAGCCGACAAGUCACCUUCUCCAAACGACGCAACGGUCUCAUCGAGAAAGCACGUCAGCUUUCUGUUCUCUGCGAUGCAUCCGUCGCUCUUCUCGUUGUCUCCGCCUCCGGCAAGCUCUACAGCUUCUCCUCCGGCGAUAACCUGGUCAAGAUCCUUGAUCGAUAUGGAAAACAACAUGCUGAUGAUCUUAAGGCCUUGGAUCUUCAGUCAAAAGCUCUGAGCUAUGGUUCACACCAUGAGCUACUAGAACUUGUGGAAAGCCAGCUUGUGGACUCAAGUGUCGAUAAUGCCAGUGUCGAUUCCCUCGCUCAGCUGGAGGAUCACCUUGAGACUGCCCUCUCCGUAACUAGAGCUAGGAAGACAGAACUAAUGUUGAAGCUUGUUGAUAGCCUCAAAGAAAAGGAGAAAUUGCUGAAAAGAGAGAACCAGGUUUUGGCUAGCCAGAUGGAGAAGAAUCAACAUGUGGGAGCAGAAGCUGAUAAUAUGGAGAUGUCGCCUGGACAAAUCUCCGACAGCAAUCUUCCGGUAACUCUCCCACUGCUUAAUUAGCCACCUUUAACCGGCGGUUAAACCAUCGUAAACAUGUAUUUCAAAAAAAUGAAAAAAAAAAUAAGAUAUGUAAUUAUUCCCCCCUGAUAAGGGUGCACGUUGUAUAUCUUACUCUCUUUGGCUGAGAGAAUUUGGGUCACUUGUGUGUAAAACUAUUUUAGAUUUAAGUGAAAACAAAAUCUAUUUGAGACAAGAGUAUGUAACUUUGUACCUUUUUCGAGAGAGAAUUCUUCAGUUCUUUGUGUU